CUCUUGUCACAUUUGAGUCUCUUUGAAUAAACAACACAGUCAUUUUCUUUCUUCUUCUUCUGCAUCUUUGAAGCAAGAAAAUAAACCAAACUAAGAACGAGACUUUGACUUCACAGGCAAAAAACCAAUUUCCGCGGAACCCCUUCCCUCAUUUUCAUCUUCUUUGAUCUGAAAACAUCUCAAACCCAGAACAACGGGAAGGAACAGAAGAUCCCUUAUUCAUUCCUUCAUCAUUAUCAUUCUAAUCAGAAUGCAUUGGAAUUUGGUGACUAAAUCGAACCACUAUAGCUUUAUGCCCCUUCACUAGCCCAUUUGAAGAGAUGGGAGGAGGAGGAGGAGAAGGUACACUGUAGAUGAUGCACUUACAAAAAUGGGUUUUGGGACCUUCCAAGCUCUUGUACUUGCUUACGCUGGGAUGGGUCAAGCUGCAGAAGCGAUGGAGAUGAUGCUUUUGUCUUUUGUUGGACCAGCAGUUCAGGCUGAAUGGGCCCUUUCUUCUCGUCAAGAAAGCAUGAUUACCAGUGUUGUCUUUGCUGGUAUGCUAGUUGGAGCUUACACUUGGGGAAUAGUUUCAGAUAACCACGGAAGGAGGAAGGGAUUCCUCAUAACUGCAAUUUGCACUUUUUCGGCCGGGUUUUUAAGCGCUUUGGCCCCAAACUAUAUUUCAUUGAUUUUUCUCCGUUGUUUGGUUGGUGUUGGUUUGGGAGGUGGCCCAGUCCUCUCAUCAUGGUUUUUAGAGUUUAUUCCUGCUGCUAACAGAGGUACUUGGAUGGUGAUCUUUUCUACUUUCUGGACUCUUGGAACAGUUUUAGAGGCUUCUCUUGCAUGGUUAGUCAUGCCGACACUGGGAUGGAGGUGGCUACCAGGACUGUCUUCUUUUCCUACAUUAUUUUUACUCAUAUUUUACAAAUUUACGCCAGAGUCACCAAGGUAUUUUUGCACAAAAGGUAGAAUAGAUGAAGCACUUUCCAUCUUAGAGAAAAUAUCGAGACUGAAUGGAGCUGAACUUCCUUCAGGCAAGCUUGUUUCGGAUCACAUAUAUGAGCUUGAGCUGGAUGAAAAAAAUAAUCCAUCAGAAGAUACUCUUUUACUAUCACCCACAAAGAGAAACGAUAGCCCCAUUGUGUCUCCUAAGAAUAAAGUAUCGUCAGAGACCCAAGGAGGUCUAUCUUCAUUGCUUUUGCUACUUUCACCAGAAUUAGUGAGAUCAACACUUCUGUUAUGGAUUGUGUUCUUUGGUAAUGCAUUUUCAUAUUAUGGUCUCGUAUUGCUAACUUCGGAGUUAAGCAUCCAGAAUAGUCAAUGCGACCCAACUUCCUUGCAUUCAGGAAACUCGCCAACCACAGAUAACAAUCUAUAUAUAGAUGUUCUUAUAACGAGUUUUGCAGAGUUUCCUGGGCUUCUGUUGGCGGCAGCUAUUGUAGACAGGAUAGGGCGCAAGCUCUCAACGUCAACAAUGUUCUUCAUUUGUUGCAUAUUCCUUUUACCUCUAAUGUUCCAUCAGCCUGAGAAUAUAACCACGGCUCUUCUUUUUGGAGCUCGCAUUUGUAUUACAGGAACUUUCACUGUUGUGUAUAUUUAUGCCCCAGAGGUUAGUCCUAUAUACCUCUGUGAUGCAUGGUCUUAAAAUUUGGUUUUGGUGUCUAUUCUGCAGAUUUACCCGACAUCUAUUAGGACGACUGGUGUAGGAGUAGCAAGUUCAGUGGGAAGAAUAGGAGGCAUUAUAUGCCCAAUGGUGGCAGUAGGUUUGAUACAUGGAUGUCACCAAACACUUGCCAUUUUCUUAUUUGUGGUUGUAGUAUUUCUUGCUGGGACUGCUGUUGUAUUCUUUCCCUUUGAAACCAAGGGACGUGAACUAACCAAUAAUUCUGUAAUAUCACCAUCGUCAUCAUCUAAAAGCAACAUAUCACUGUAAUUUGACUGAUGAAAUACAGAUGC